UGAUUUUUGUUACAUACAUGUGUUGUUUUUUGGUCACUAUUUAUUAAAACUUUAGAUGCUAAACACAUCUCUAUACAUUGUCAGUACAAAGUAGUGCUAGAUAUAUACCUGACAGAUGCACGAAAUGGAAGCAUUUCGCAAGCUACAACCAGAAAGAAAACAGGACGCAGACAGUUCUCAGGAGCAAAUUGAAUUGAAUUCCAGCGUAGAAAUGCGUUCACCAUCACCAGUUUGUCACAUACAACCACGAAAACUGCGGUUUGCCUCACCACCGAUUGAUGAAGAACCGCAGAAACGGUCUAGCCCAAUACAUACACGGUCGAGUGCAGCAGCAGCUGUUUCACCCCCAUACCGCAAGGUGAGAGCUUUAAGACUAUUCGACACCCCCGCUACACCAAAAACAAUACUUCAAAAAUCAAGAAAUCAUCUUUCUGCGGCAGUAGCUGCAGACGUUGCUCGAAAAAAUCAGAUAGAAGAACGUCCAAGAUCGUUACCUUUGCAUAAUCGCGUUAAAGAUAAUUUUCAACCACAAUGGAAUGUAAAUCCUUUUACUCCUGAUAGUUUUUUGGCAAGAAACAAAAAACGCUGCCGCACACAAUUCGGUCGUGAUAAUUUAAGCAAUAGGUCCUUACAAAUAUUUCUCAAUUCAGAAGAAGAAAAAGAUGAUGGCGAAGGAGACGAGAAUGUUGAAUUAGUGCAAGCACCAAAAAGACUUGCCCUGCAAGACACGAAUAUUAGUCGUUAUCAAAAGGAAUUUUUGGAAAUAUCCCUUAUAGGCAUAGGGGAGUUUGGUUUAGUUUAUCAGUGCCUUAACCGUUUGGAUGGUUGUGUGUACGCUAUCAAAAAGAGCAUAAAGCCAGUGGCCGGCAGUUUUUUCGAAAAACGAGCUUUAAAUGAAGUUUGGGCACAUGCUGUGUUGGGAAAACAUGACAAUGUAGUGCGAUAUUACUCAGCGUGGGCGGAAGAUAACCAUAUGCUUAUACAGAAUGAAUAUUGUAAUGGUGGUAGCUUACAAUCGCUAAUACAAAAACGUUGUCUUGUUGAAUCUGAAUUAAAAAUUCUGUUGCUACAUGUGGCAGAAGGCUUGCGAUAUAUACACUCUAAUGAUCUGGUGCAUAUGGAUUUAAAAUCUGGUAAUAUAUUCCUAACCAAAAUGCCUUCAUUACAUAAAUCCAACACAUUAACAAUGGCAAAAGAAUUCUAUGAAGAUGGAAUGGAUGGUAUAUACGAAGAACUAAGUAACACGGAAUGUAUUACAACAUACAAAAUUGGUGAUCUAGGACAUGUGACAUCUGUCAAAGAGCCACAUGUGGAAGAAGGCGAUUGUCGUUAUUUACCUUUUGAAAUACUACAAGAAGAUUUUAGUAAUCUUUUCAAAGCUGAUAUAUUCUCAUUGGGCAUGACCCUCUUUGAAGCUGCCGGUGGAGGACCAUUGCCGAAAAAUGGACCAGAGUGGCAGAAGCUUCGAAAUGGCGAGGUCCCAAAUUUACCAACAUUAAGCACAGAAUUCAAUGAACUCAUUCAACUAAUGACACAUCCAGAUCCGGAGAAGCGGCCUUCAUCUACAUCCAUUUUCAAUCACCCCAUAUUAAGCUCAAUGGAGUCAAAAAGCAAAUCUCAACUUAAUCAAGAAUUGACCAUUGAAAAACGAAAGAAUGAAAUAUUACUGCGUAAAUUACGAGAAGCUAAAAAGCUCCUCAAGCAAUAUGAGCAAAAUGAAAGAGUUAAUCAAACACCUACAGCUAUUAUGGAACAGCGUUGCCUGCGCUCAUAUUCACGUAAGAAAAAUACCCCAUGUAAAAUGGGUGGAUUGCGUGAUAGUAACAAAAAUGUAAUUAAUAAAUUAAAUUACUAAAUUACCGAUGAAUGUUGCCAACUUUAAAUGAAGAAGUUAUAUAAAUGAA